AUGUUAAAAUCUGAAGAGAACAGACAAAAAGGCCGAUUUGCAGGAUUUUCUCUCUAUCUCUCUAAUACUUCCAACAAAGAAGAUGGACAGCUGUGUUACAAAGACGGGCCACAGUUACCUCCCUUAGAAUUCAUGACAAUCUGUACUGGACACGCGUCUCGUGUCAUAUUUUACAACGAACGUUUGGAUGGGAUGGUUUAUCCCGAAGGAUAUAAAUUACUAAUUGGAACGGAAUUAUGUGAAGUAAUAGUUAAAGGUUGUUCAAGGGGGACUUAUGGUAAAUUGUGCAACAUGCAUUGUUCUAAACAUUGUCAAGAGAACAGUUGUGAUAUUGUAGAUGGAACAUGUCUGGGAUGUAUGCCUGGAUGGAGCGGAAAGUUCUGCCAAACGUCGUGUGAAGCUGGAACUUAUGGUCCAGAGUGCAAAUAUCGGUGUUCCGGUCAUUGCCAUGAUAGUCGUACCUGCAAUUCUAUGUCAGGAAUCUGUGAUGAAGGUUGUGCUUCCGGAUGGACACAGCCAAUGUGUAAUGAAUCCUGCAGUAAUGGACGUUAUGGCCCAAACUGUGCUUUCAACUGCAGUGGACAUUGUUUAAAUGGCAAAACGUGUAACAAGGAAACAGGUCAUUGCGACUCAGGAUGUACACCCGGAUACACCGAAGAUUUUUGCGAUAAAACAUGUAUCCAUGGCUGGUUUGGUGAAGGAUGUAAACAGCGUUGUAGUGAACACUGUGGUAAUAAAAUCAACUGUAACCAUGUGGAUGGGGUUUGUCGUAAUGGUUGCAGAAAUGGUUACUUUGGAGAAUUUUGCAACAAAUCUUGUGCACUUGGUUACUUUGGUGAAAACUGCUCUAAUAUCUGCUCUCAAAACUGCAAUGAGAUAUGUCGACAUACUGACGGGUCAUGCAUGUGCAAAGCUGGUUGGAUGGGAUCUCCAUUGUGCGGCAAAGAAUGUCCCAAGAAAACCUUUGGUGCCAAUUGUAUUCAUUCCUGUAGUACCAAUUGUGCUAAUGAUACUUGUGAUAGAUUUAAUGGAAGUUGUACAGAAGGAUGCAAAGAACCAUAUUAUGGAGAAAUUUGUAAUCAAAGAGAGAGUACUUAUCUUCAUUCUGAGAAACCACUUAUCAUCGGCGCAGUUUUCGGUGCUUGUGCCUUCGUUGCUAUGCUUAUUGUAUUAGUCGUUUUAUUAAGACGGAAAGGAAUUUUAAGAAGCUGGAUAGAAAGGAGAAGACACUCACAGACAUAUGUUACCAGCAUGGAUGAUUCUGCAGCACAGAGAUAUGACUCACAUAAUUACAAAGGUUUACAUGGCUUCAAAGACAAAGGAAACUACGUUACAUUCGAAUCAACAUCAAAAGAUUAUGCUAAUGUAUACCAAGAUUUGCAUAUACCCAAAGAUAAGGGAAACUACGUUAACAUGGAACUCGAAUCAACUUAA